AUGGCCUCACGACCAGCAAAGACGCUUACUCGUGCCAACAUCACUGCAUGCUUAAGAUGCCGACGAAAGAAGCAGAAGUGUGACCAAGGACUACCUAGCUGUGGGCCUUGCCAAAAAGCUAAUGUCGAAUGUGUUGGUUAUGACGCUGUGACACAGAGACCUGCACCAAGAAGCUACAUUCACAGCUUAGAGGAACGAAUUGCCUCUCUAGAGAUCAGGUUACGAAAUCAUGGGAUUGACUGUGAUGCGGACACGCCGCGAACUUCUCCAAACUUGAACUCAUCCCCAUCUAGACAAAUAUCCACAACUUCCACUCAGAGAUCUUCACAAGCGGAUGUGGUUUCGAACCAAAAUUUGGAGACUAUCUUGUCCAAGAGUGCUCAGGUCACAGUUGAAAGUCUUUCGGACAAUCUCCAUGUCGGUUCAAACAAUGGCACUUCAUUCACGAGACUUUUCUUGUCCGAACUACAGUGGGACCAAGAACAAGCCACUACAGUCAGUGGUACUGCUGAUAGCAGUGCUGUCGAAGAAAACAUGGAAUACGUUACCUUCGAGGCUCCUAGAACAUUGGAUUCUGGACCCAUUGCCUUACCAAGUAAAAAGGUAGCCGAGCAUUUGGCCACCGUUUACUUCGAGUUAGCAAACUUCAGCCUCCCAAUUCUUCAUGAACCUACGUUUCGGACCUACCUCGCUGCAGCAUAUACUUCUCAGGAGCCUCAGACGCAGGUCAACGGAAGAAAAUCAAGACGGCAUGAGCUGUUCUCCUUCCUCGUUUUUGCAGUUGCAUUACUCACACUACAUAAAACGGAUUCUAACAGUGUAUCAAUUUCAACGUGUGAAAGUUAUCAUCGCUCAGCGCUGCAAUGCUUAGCAGAAGUAGGCUUAUACGUCAAUAUCGAGAGUGUUCAGAUCUUGCUUCUCCUUGCCAAUUAUUCAUACCUUCACCCAAGUUUUGUUAGCACGUGGAACUUGAUGGGAAUGGCAGCCCGCCUUGCUAUCAAACAAGGCCUUCACAAAGAACCGUCCAAGAUCAGUUCAAUGCAUUGGAGCUUGAUAUCAGAAGAAGAGUCUUUUGGCUUCCCCGAUGGCGCUAUUACAACUGAAUUCCUAGCAACAGAAAAAGACGAAGCAAUUACUGAAGACGGAAUCAACAUCGACCCAAGCAACACGAGCAAGAAAGUUUUUGCUUUACAUUACUUCCGAUAUCGACAACUUCAAUCGGAGAUACAGACAGUACUUCAUGAAAAAGUCCCAUCUUACAUAACAAUUGACUACAGUCAAUGGCAAACGGCAAUGCUCAAACGACUCUCUGAUUGGCAUAACUCCACCCCUCGUAAUACAUCACAAAGCUACAUAGCGCCGCCAGAAGCCCUCGAGAUAUCCUAUUACACAGCAGAGAUUCUCUUGCUACGACCCUCCCCUACUAUACCUUCGCCCUCCGAUACAACACUAUGUCACUUAGCUCAGGCUUCGUCUCGCACGAUCCACCUCUAUCGAACGUCCGUCAAGGAGAAAAAGCUGAGACUGUUUUGGCAAGCGGCCCAUAAUUUGUUUGCAGCAGGCACUGCUAUACUCUAUUGCUACUCUCACUCGAAACCCGUGAGGGACCAAAUUCCGAUUCGGAAUUUGGUUGCGGAUGUGAAUGCUUGUGCGGCUGUUUUGUGGGCUGUGGUGGAGAAAUUCCCAGCCGCGAAGGGGACGAGAGAUGCUUUUGAUGCCAUCAUGGAUCGGGCUUUAGCUCAGCUGCACAAUGAUACUGCUUGUGACCAACAGUAUGGCAUGUCUGGAGCUGUUGAGCUCCCCAGACGUGGCAGUGGUCAGCAAGCUCCGAAUGUUCACUCUCUGUUCAGUCCCACGGAGAACGUUCCUAAUAACGCUAUGUUUGGUAGCGAUUUAUCAGGCUCGCAGAUCUCUCAGCCGUUUCAGAACUUCUGGAGAGGUAUGGAUGCCGACGCUUCAAUGGCUGGUGGAAUGAAUAUGGAUACGGACACAAUGAUGGGCAGCGGACAGUGGCUGCCAGACAGCCAAGAGUUGACAUCGUUCUAUGUGGAUCUGCAUUAGGUAGUCUACGGUGUCAGGGUAAAGAAUAUUCAACUCCGCGUGUUACCAAACUACUGAAAUGUCGGGUAUGUAAUCUGGAGGCUUCUGGCAUUCAAAGCGCAAUCAGCGCAAUCAGCGCAAAUCCCGCAUUUGGCGCCCGACCCCAUGCGAUAAAUGGGGUUUGCUCAAUGACUUUAGAAUUUCAAGCCAUGGGGAAAAAGCACUUUGGAGUUCUGACAGAUCUUCCAAGCCCUGUAAUC